AUGGAGGUGGGAAAUAAGAAAAGUCCUUUCCAAUGUGGAAUGGAGGGAAAGGCGCUCAACAUCUGGAUCCAUUAUGCCAAAGGGAACUCGCAGGAAGCAUACGCCGGGGCUAAACAACUCCUGCGUAAUGGUGAGAUCUCGGUCAUGGACCGGGUAUACCUGCAUCUCCUGCUUGCAAGUGAUCCUUGCGAGAAAGGAGUUCCUCACGCUCAGGUUACAGAUCGUAUCUUGACCGCCGGCAAAGCCGAACUUGAGAGGCAGAAAAAGACUGUGCACUUUGAUACACUUCUCCGCCUCUCCAGGCAACUUUAUGGCGAUGCCAGUUCGGCCAAGAAUUAUGUAAAUAAAGGCGACUAA